UCCCUUUACUCGGCUCACUUUAGCACCCGUGGUAGUCAGCGACGUUACACUCACGGACUCACUCGCUCGCAACAGGUGACGAGGAUCUCGACUGACCGGGUCAGACGCGAGAAGGAUUCCGGCGAGAGAAGUUUGGACAAAAUACAUAUAUCUGGGCUGCUCGGUCAACGGCUACGGUUCCAGCAGCGUCCAGCGUCCGGAACGUCCGAAAAGGGAAAGGCGAGAAAGAGUUUCUAGGAGAAAUUGCGAAAUGAGUGUCGAGGACGCCAUCAAUUACUCACCCAACGAGGAGGAGGACUAUUACGCGCUGUUGUCCUGCGACGAGUCUUCCACGGUUGAGCAGAUUACAGCGGAGUAUAAAGUAUUAGCUCUACAAUAUCAUCCAGACAAGAACGACGGAGACAAGGAAGCUGAGAAGAAAUUUCAGCUCUUAAAGUAUGCGAAAGAGGUCUUAUGCGAUCCCGAAAAGAGAAGCAACUAUGACAAAUGGCGGAAUAGCGGUAUCAAGAUCAGUUAUAAGCAGUGGCUCGGCAUGAAGGAACACGUGCAUCAGACCAUGCACUGGAGUACGCCGAAGACGAAGGACAGGAUGCUGCCGGAUACUGGAGAGGCAGGCGGUUCACCGGCUCAUGUCAAAGGCCACUCCACAAAUGCACACAGGCGAGCCUCCGAGGGUGGAGCUUCGAAUCUCUACUAUCGUUCGGGCCACGGCGUACCGUUCGAUUAUCAGGAGUCCAAUCAGGUUGUCAAUAAGUUCCGUAAUUAUGAGAUUUAAAAGAUCCCCGGCGCACUUCUCACUCGAGCCGACUUCAUUGUACCGGAUGUUUUUAUGAACGCAAGCAUAAAGUAUACUAGACAAAUAUCUAUGUGUACAAGUAUAUGGGACGUUGGUCCGAUCGCAUUGGCACAAUACACAACAUCGACACGUUUGACAAGUUAGCGAGUCUCGUGAACUUCAUUAUUCACUAUCGAGCAAUUAUUUAAUUGUUAAUAGUUUGAUGUAAUUUAAUUUGUGAUCAUUAAUAUAAUGAUGUUCUGUUUCAUUUUGUUCACACACCUUCGUAAUCGAGAGAGAAUUAUUGGCGCGUUGUUUUGUAUUGUGCUGUGAUCUUUUAUUGAUUAUUAUUUAUUAUUACACUUUUGCAAAAUUGUUAAAUAAAUAAUUUCUCUGAAAAAUUACGCUAGGUUGGAAAUCUUGGCGUUGCACAUUGAAUGAUUUUCUAAAAAGAUAUUAUACAUAAAGCGUGCUUCGCGGCUUGUGUUAUUUAAGGUGCAUGUGUCAAUUUGAUCGAACGAACGACCCCGUAUACGUGUACGUGCUCGCGAUCGCGCGUACAUAUGUGUGUCGCCUUCAGAUUUAUAUUUUGUUAUACUAUAAAUAAGCACGCGACGGAUGGAAAAAAUCGAGGAACGCUGGAGAGAUCGUUUAUAUUAUUUGAGCCCUCUUUCCGAAGUCUCCUGAGUAAUGUCUAACUGAGACCGGUUGCCGUUUUAUGCACGUACUCUUGAUCUUACGAUGUGUGUAGCGACAGAAGUCAGACGAUGUAGCGUCGAGGGUUGUAUAGUUAUCUGUGAUUCCGCGAAUAAAUUUUCCACUAGAAAUUAACUGGUCGUUUCUCAAUCGUGAAUUCUGUCGAACGAAAUACUUAAGUGCUUUCCCGGAAAAACUUUCCCGGAGAAGUUUCUUUAAUUCAGUCACGUGUAAAUAUUAAAUUGAAUUCUAAAUACUUAUCGGAUGUAGUCUAUCGGGUGUAAUUCAUUGUGAAAGCAACUUCUAACGAUAGUAUCAACGUUUUUAUCAUUAUUGUUCAUAAUUACAUUCCCCGGUUAAAAAAUUAUAUUUCAACAUUUACAUUUACAAUACGUCGAUAAUAGAAUUAAAGAAUAAUUCAAUCGGGUUUUCGAGUAUAGUAUCGCAACGCUGAAACUAUCAGCUACGACGUUCUAGUGGAAGAACGUAAAUAUAUAAUAUAAAAAUGUAUUUUGUUAAAAUAUAAAAUAUAGGUAGAACAUAAGAAUUUAAAUUUAAUAAUAUAUUUAAUAACAUAUUUAAUAAUCAUUCCUCGUUUAAUAUAUAAUAGUUUAAUAGUUACAUUAUUAUACAGUUCUAUCGAACAAAUAUUGUUAACGAUUUUUGUAAAGUUAUCUUGUUAAAUAUUGACGUUUUCAAUAUUUUCUUCGGGAAAUUUCGCGAAACGUUGAAGCGCUUAAGUAUUUCUUUCAACAAUGAAACUAAUCGACGAUGGCGCACUUGUACCUGUGUCCGAUGUCAAACGCAAAGUAUAAUGUUCUUUCCCGAUGACAAUUGCGGCGAUUUACCUCCAUUCCAUUAAAUCACGUUUCGCUCAUGCGAAUCAGCCGUGUUCUUUCAAAAUCGUGGAGAGUCUAAAACGAUGCAGUUUCGACGAAUCAUUUUUCGAUACUAUAAAGAUGCAGAAGAGGAUAUAUAUACAUACACGCCGAAUAAAUAAAGAUGAAGCCGGAUUAUUUUUGUAUAUUUGUAGCGUCGAAAUAUGAACUCGCUAAAGCUGUAUCAAUUUGCACAUCCAGCAAAACUCAAUGGUUCUCGCUGAAUUUUGACGAAAUUCAUCUGCAUCGUAUUUUGUGUAUUUUGAUGAAUCUACAUCUUCUCAACGUUCGAUGCAGCAGUCAAGAGAAUUCGUCGGUGAAUUGCGUUUGGCAUAAUAAUUGAAGGAAUGCCUACUUAUAACCAGUAAUUAAUAAUAACUUAGCGACAAUUAAUCCUGGAUGUGUCGAUGUGUAUAAUUCCUUGCAAUAGCGCGAUAAAAAACAAUAAGUGUUCCUUCGAGGAUUUUCUCGUUAAUAAACAUUCCAUGUCAUUAAUGUCUUCUGAUUAAGAUUUAAGCAUUUUCCUGGAUGGAACGCAUCUAUCGUGUGUGCUUAAUAUUCCCAAGUCUUUAAUAUAAAAACUUAAAUGUAAAAUAUUAAAAAGAAAUAAGAAAAUUAUGCACAACAUUACAAGCUAAUAUGAAAACUUUGUUAUACAAGAAAUAUUGUAAUAUAUUUAUAUAGUUAUAUAAUAAAAAUACUAGAAUUUCAAUAAACGACAUGUAUAUAAAAUCCGAAAUAUCACAGUGCAUAAAUAAUUAAACACGGCACGUUCAACUCGAAAAUGCUUAAAUAGGAUCAGAAAACAUUAAUGACACUCGAUCUGAAUCAGUCAAUCUUUCUUCCCACAAAAGAGAGUGUGAUCUCUUUGUACCCUCUAGCAAAGUUUAAAACAUAUCACAACAGGUCGAUUUCGUCUUCCUCUUUCCAUUUUACUUCUGAGUUUUGAUAAAAGAACCUGACAAAAAGAAAGAAAAAAAACACAUCUUAUCUGUACAAAGUAAAAUAGGAAGAUGUAAGUGGGGUAAGAAUUGAGACCAAUUGAAUAAAUCGAAGUUAUAUUAUGCCUACACAGGCAAAAUAAAAAUCGUUGGUGUAUAGUUAGCAAGUGCCAAAAAAUAUAAAUAAUAUUAGUAUUAUGAACAAAUAAUUCAAUGAUAUUUUAAUUUUGGAUUAAAAAAUAUUUUGUUUAAAUAAUAGGAGAUACACACAGAUAUACACACUGCAUUUGCAAUUAAAAGAAUAUAAACUUCUUUACCUUAACUGCUAUGGGGCACAAAAGAUAAAAAAAUAAUCACAAAUUACAAAUGGAAGAGUGAAGAUUUUGAUCAUUUAUUCUAAAUCUUUACAGAUAGAAUGUGCAUGUGUAUGUAUGUGUGCAUGUGUAUGAUAUGUCUCUAUAUCUCAUCCCAUUUAUAACAGACUCACCUGUACCCUUUGUGCUUUGUGACAUUAUAAUGAAGGAUGCCGCGUUUUUUAUAAUUCAAAAUGCCAAAAUGUAUAAUUAUUAAUAAAGUUUUUGAUUUAAGUUUUAAAUUCUAAGUUUAAACAAGAUAGCAAAGUUUGUAGUAUUAUUUUGAUAUUUCUUAUUAAUUUCCUCUUGUAAAAAGAUUAUUCUUCUUAGAAUUAAAUUAUUGGAAACUUAUUACUUAUAUUUUAUUUUUUCCAAGGAUUUCAAUUUUUCUGCUUUAUCUUAAAUAUUAAGAAUCGCAUUGACAAUGCGAGGAUCUAAAAGACUUGCUAAUUGCAAUCAGUCAUAAUUUUGUCAGAAUCACAGUUUCAAGUUUGUAUUUAAAUGUUAUAAAUAUACAAAGCCAAUAAGCAAGUAGAUCAAAUAGCAAAUUAUUUACUUAUUUUGUAGCAUCGAAUUGCGAUAUUGAUCAAACAAUUUUUCCUGACAAAUACACUUUUAAAAUUAAAAAGUAAAGACACACACAUAUAGUUAUUAAAGUACAGAAUAGUGUGUGUGUGUGUGUGUGUGUGUGUGUGUGUAUAUAUAUAUAUAUAUAUACUAUAUUUGGAAACAAAAGUGUGGACGCGCGCGCGCACACACACAAAUAAUUACAAUAGUAACGGAAAUAAAGAAGUGGACAUGUCGGGAAAGCUUUUAUUCGUUUUCUUUAUUGAUUUUAUUCUUUUAGUUUCCUUAUAUUUCUGAGAAAGCUAAGCAAAUAACUUGUUGUUUGAUUUAUUCUACGAUCGGCUUCGAGUAAGCUUCAUAGUAGAACGCGGUUAAUCAAAUUAGUCGAACAUGUAAGCAUUCGUUUGCGCUUCGUGGGAUUCGCUGCGCGAUUGAUACUUCUUUAAACUUACGGAAUGACAAAUGCAUAGUUAAAUUCAAUGACAUAUCUUCGAUAAGUCGUUAAAAAAUCUUACACAUAUAAAUUUUUUCAUAAAUGCAUCAUAAAGAAGAAAAACAUAGUGCUAAGAAUAUAUCUUGAAUAUAUCUUAUAUUAAAAAUUGUUUAUAUUUCUGGUUUUUACGUUAUUGAUACAUUUUCAUGAUGUCUGUUAGGAAAAUAUAUCAGAGAUAUAAAUUGAAGAUUUAUCUGGAUAAAUAAUCAAAUAAGAAACGAACGAGCGAGUUACAGAAAGUAUUUUAAUCUCGUCACGAAUGUGUCACGAAGUUUAGAAUAGAUAAAAUGUAUUGGACAACGAGGAGCAUUCGCGAAAUUUUCUCUAGUUUGCUGACACUUUUCCAAGGUACGAAGAAAGUGGCAAUUAGGUCGAUAAGUUUGUUAAAGUUAAAUGAGGAAUUUGGAGAAAUUGUACGGACGGAAUUUCCCGUCUUUGGCACUGGUAAUAUCCACGUAUACGUGCUAGAAGAAAAUAAGAUGUUAUUUAUUAGAAAAUUAUAUUAUUAGUAUAAUUUCGCACAAAUGUACGAAAGAAAGCAAUGCGUAAGUAAAAAGUUAACUUGAUUGUCAUGAAUAUCAUUUAUUGAGCGACCAAGACUGGAUAUUAUGGAUAUUAGACUCAAAUUAAAUUAGCAAUACUAAUCAAAAUGAAGAUAACAAAAGAAGAACCGUUGAUCCUAACAAUGUUCCGUUAAUUUUAUUAUUUCACGUGACAGAUUUGACGGUUCAAGGACUUUUUUGUAAGAGGUUCUUCAUUCUCGCUGCUGUCGAAAAUUGACUGGACCAUUCUAUAUAUAUGUACUGUAUACCCAUAUUUUUCUAGAUGGGCCCAAGAGAUUCUGUGGCCUGUGGGACAUAUGCCUACAUAUCUUACCUAUCUGUCGUUUAUGAAGUCCUAUUGCCAUCCUCUCGAGAACAAGGUCGGAAUCUGUUCAAAUGCCUAUCAGAACGAUGCUCAUGACGUUCGAUAUCGACAUCUCUCUUCUACGUAACUAUACACAGGCAUUUGUGAUAUUGUGAUUCAGUGGAAUGGAAUACAAAAUUUUACUUCUUUAUUUCUUUCGUGAACAAUUAAGGACUAAAUUCUCUCAACCAUGGUAAUUCCAACAAAUCAAAAUUCAAAGUUAAUACAAUAAGUAUAUUUAAUCUAUUAUCAUCGUGUGUCUUGUGCAGCGCUUGCUGAUUGGCAAACAGUAUUUUCGGCAGUUCUCACGGGUUAUGCGUAUUUUUGCGUGCGUAGCAGUAUGAAUGAAAUAUAGGUGCGUGUGAAUAUAUCUAUAUAUUUAAAUGCGUAAUCAAAUAUAUAAUAUAUAUAUAUAUACAUAUAUAUUGUAUAUUCGUCUCGCGCUGGUCGACGCGGCGAUGUAUUACUCAUAUCACGAGAAGAUUCAAUAAAUGUGUUUAAUUAUGAAA